UUUCUCACAUUGUUAAAGUUGAAGUCUAUACUAUUACAUCGUUUCUUGCCAACGCUAUGGGCAUCUUGCAGGCACCGAGAGAGAGCAAUUGCCCUCGAAAAACAAAUCAGUAAAAGCUGGGUUGUCGAACGGAAAGUUGUAUUUGAAUGUUCCUCUAUACCUUAUAUGCAGUGUUCUAACAAGCGCCCUGCGAUCUCGCUUUCCACCAGUAUCAUCAUUGGCAGGACAUCGACAUACAACGAUCUGAGUUCUAAUGAUAGCAAUAGCUAAUGUCUCAAUACAUCACGAGUUAAAAUCCACCUCAAGGCCAAGAUAAUAUAUGAAACAUCUUCGACGUGGACCUGCCUUUCGAGAGUGGACCUGAGAAAAUUAUCAUGGAUCAUGAUAACUAACGUCGUACUUAUCUACAAGGAGCAUCGCGUCGAAUUUCCAAAACCAUGCGCGGUUUUCUUACGACAGAAGGCUCUGAAAUGGAAGCUGGUGGUUUUGCAAAUCCGGGGCUGUUUUCCCAAAUCUACCUACGUGUGGCCACAGGACCAUCUCUUGAGGAUUAUUGUUGUGUAUCGCAUCUCGCAGAACACGUUUUGACGGGCGCGCCGUUCAGUAUUGUCAUGUGCUGUUACGGCCCAUAAUCCGGGGGCAUAAGACUUCUACACAUCCAAUGACCAGCCGACGCGUAUAGAUCUCUGAUGCCUUGCCAUGCUUUGAAGCAACAUGAUGUGUUAAAGAAUAUAUUAGGAAGAUAUAUGAUAACUUAUCCUUAUCUCUUAAUGGGCAUCUGUGUCCGCAUGCUAGCGUUCUUCUCGAGCCUU